AGUACUAAAAAUGUACAAACGCCUCGAAGCGGUCAUAGCAAUCGAAAAGUUCUUUUGACGGACUUCAAAACGCUUUACUAAACAAUUUAGUUGCAAGCAAUAAAUUUUUGCUAAACGGUAUAUUAAACAAUUUAAUUGAAAGCAACAAGCGCUGCAUACCUAUUCACAUUAUAUAAAUGUAGCCAUGGAGUCGAUAACGUUCGGAAUUUUGACAAUUAGUGACACCUGUUACCAUGAGCCGGUAAAGGAUCGCAGUGGGCCACGUUUGAAGGCACUUAUUGCCGAAUCCUUUGACAAUUCGCAGGUGGUAUCGGCCGUGUUGCCCGACGAGCGUGAUCUAAUACAGCGGGAACUGCGCAAAUGGAUCGAUCGCGACGAUGUGAGCAUCAUAAUUACAACUGGUGGCACGGGCUUUGCGCCGCGUGAUGUGACGCCAGAGGCAACGAAACCACUGCUCGACAAGGACUGCAAUCAAUUGACCUUGGCUAUUGCCUUGACUUCGCUGAAAAAGACCAAAUUUGCAGCCUUAUCGCGCGGCGUUUGUGGCAUUGCCGGUAAUACGCUCGUACUGAACUUUCCAGGCAGCGAGAAGGCCGUGGCCGAAUGUUUCGAGGCAGUCCGCGAACUGCUACCACACGCUCUCCAUCUAAUUGGCAACAAUGUGGCACUAGUGCAGCGGACGCAUGCUGAGGUUCAGGGCACCUUUCAAAACACACCCGCAUUACCGCAGCUAUUGAAACGCGAUCACGUCUGUCCGCACAAGACGGGCGCUGGCGACGAUAUCGAUCGCAAUUCACCGUUUCCCAUGCUGCCGGUCCAUCAGGCACUUGAUACUAUACUAGAUGUGGUACAGCGCAACAAUGUGCGCAAACAGCAGAUGGACCUGUUGCUCUCACCGGUCAAUAUACCCCCCUUUCGGGCCUCUAUUAAAGACGGCUAUGCAAUGAAGUCGUCUGGGUUUUCGGGCACGAAACGUGUCGUGGAUUGCAUUGCAGCCGGCGACAAGGUCAAUGUACAUCCCUUGCAGGAGGACGAAUGCUUCAAGAUCAAUACGGGCGCGCCGAUACCGACGCAUGCGGACUGUGUCGUUCAGGUGGAAGACACUAGACUGUUGCAGCGCGACAAAUAUGGCGAAGAGAGUCUUGUUGAUAUACUGGUCGAACCAAAAUCCGGUCUGGAUAUACGUCCUGUUGGCUACGAUUUGCUCAAGGGCGACAAGGUGUUUCCAGCUGCGGACUACUCGCCGGUUGUCUACAAAUCCUUGCUGGCCUCCGUUGGUGUUGAGCAGCAGCAAUACAAGCCCAAAGUGGCCAUUGUCUCAACCGGCAGCGAGCUGCUGCCACCCCAGGAGCCGCCAGUGGCUGGCAAAAUCUAUGAUUCGAAUACAACAAUGCUGAAGGAGCUGUUGCUCUACUUUGGCUUUGAUUGCAGGCACCAGUUUGUGCUGGGCGACGACUUGGCCACCAUUAAAAGCUGCCUGUCUAAUUUGUUUGACACUGUAGACUUUGUCAUCUGCAGUGGCGGCGUUUCAAUGGGCGACAAGGACUACAUCAAGCCGGUGCUGGAGGAUCUACAAUUUAAAUUGCAUUUCGGACGCGUCAACAUGAAGCCCGGUAAGCCGAUGACCUUUGCCAGCAGGUCGAAUAAAUACUUUUUUGGCCUGCCCGGCAAUCCAGUGUCCGCCUUUGUUACAUUCCAUCUGUUCGCUUUACCCGCCAUCCGCUGGGCUGAUGGCUGGGAACGUGUCAAAUGCUCCCUGCCCAUAAUCAAUGUAUCACUACUCAAUGAAGCCAUCGAACUGGAUAGUCGUCCUGAAUAUGUGCGCGCCUCGGUGACCAGCAUCAAUGGCCAGCUGCAUGCCAGCGUCAAUGGCAAUCAGAUCAGCAGCCGAUUGCAGAGCAUUGUCGGCGCCGAUGUGCUCAUCCAUUUGCCCGGACGCACAGCUGCCAAAACGCAGGCAUGUGCUGGAGAGAUCUACAGUGCCUCGGUGCUGCGCUACGAUUUCAUUUCCAGAUACGAAUAGAAGCAGUCGACGGCCAUCGACAAAGAAAACUCAAAUAUAUAAUUACAAAUUUUA